UAUUACAAGCAAUUUUUCCAAUUUUUAUGAUUUGUAUUUUUAGAAAAUGAAAUGUCAAAAAUUUACAUCAAAAAUUUGCCAACUCGACUUGUCUGGUAUUGUACACUAGUGGAUAAAAUGUUUAUGCUUUAUUCACCAGUGGUUAAAAUGUGACUUUAUUACAGAAAUUUUGGUAAUUAAAAUAGCUUUACACAAUAUAGGUAUUGAAAAAAUUAUGUUUCUCUUAUUAUAUUAAAAUAUAACAAACCUGGAGAUCUCGUCAAGCCAGAAAUAUUGGUUUCACUUGCACCAGUAUUGUUAGAACUAUUUUCUGAAAGCAAAAUAUGAUUAAUUAUUAAUUAAUUCAUUUAGAUUUAAAAUAUUUGAGUCCUAACCUGUUGAACACUCUGCAAUAGCAGAGACCCAGAGACUUGUGUGUUGUAAGCCUCUUUCGCUAAAUCCAAAAUUUUGUGGAUUCUACGUGACAUUUUCACUUUAUAACUAACACUUUAUUACAACCCGAUUUAUAGUUUCCAUGUGGAUAUAAAGUUAACGUUUACGUUAAGCCCGUGUUUGUAAGCAACUGAACAAUAACAGAGUCACUUAAUCUCAACAAACACUGUUCUAUCACCGCCGAAAACUGUACUAACUCAAGAUAGAACAGUCUUCAGCGGAGAAUUUUAGUUGCUUCUGAGAUAGUACAGUUUGAAAAUGUAAAGUGGAUUGCAUAAUUAACAGCAACGUAAGUUAGUACUUUGUUCGUCGGAAGACCUCUUGAAAAUAAAUGUUUUAGGCAAUGUAACUCAAAUAACCAAAAAUUUGAGUUAGUACAGUCUUCGUUGGAAGCGUCGAAAUUAUGUGAUGUAUUAUGUAAGCCAUACACGCUACGAUCUACCGGAGAGGUCAUCUGUGCAGGUAUGCCUGCGCAGGUCAACCAAACAUUGGUAGCGUGUAUUUGGACGUUCCGGUGUACCGGAGCGGUCUUCAGUUCUUUUUGCGAUGGCAUCGAAUGAGGACGAUGACGCGCUGGCAUUGCUAGGCCUUGCUUUAAUUUUGAAGAUAAAAGAUACAAAAACAGUGAAAAGGAAGCGAAAAAAUUGGUGUAAGGGUCGUUCUCAAAACGGCAAAAAAAGUGUCCCUCUAAUAUCAUAUCUUAUAAACGUAACAAAUUACAUUCAUUCGAGCAAAAAGCAAUGUAGUGAGACUCAUUAGUAUCUCUUCAUUAAGUUACAUCAAAGUAACAAAUAUUUUAUGUACGCAAAACUUAAAAAUUUGUAAAAAUUGGUUUGCACUUUAUUAAUGCAAUAAAUUAAACUGAUUGGUGUCCCUCUGGUAAAAUUACAACUAAAACUACUUCUAAAUCGGAAAUAAAAUAGUAUUAUAUUAUUUUAUUACAGUUUUUUUUUAUUUGGGAUAAUUAACAAAUAGAUUUGAGGAUGGUUUGCAAUUUCUUAUAGAUUUCGAUUUUAAAUUAAUCUCGGAAAUAUUGUGUCCCUCGUUUUAAUCUCAACUCCGUUACCACAUCUUCUAAUAUAAAUAUUCGUGUCGUCAUGGUUACCCGGCUCAUUGUAAACACUGCAGAGGGAAGUUGAUAUUAGUACGACACUAUAACUGUCAAAAAAUAUUAAAUUGACACGCUGAAUAUAUUCAAGAUUUUGAUUGAUUUCUACAAAUAUUUUUCUGACCAUUCGGAUUCUCAACUCCGUUACCUGUCAUAAAAAGUAAAGUUUAAGUGAUUUCUUACUGUAAUUACAUUAAGUAUAUUAAUAAAAAAUAUACGAACACGGUAUGCAACUAUCAACAUAAAAUCAAAUUCAGUUUAAUUUUAAAUAUUUUUGAAAGCGCGUUUUCUCAACUCCGUGAAUUUCAACUCCGUUACUAAUGUUAGGCAGGAACAUUUACAGUCACAUUUAACAGUUAUAAUGCACUAUGUAAUUGUAAAUAUUUUAUUUUCAAUGUAUCCAAUACUUAGUCAAGCUAAAAAAAAAAUAGAACAGCGCUCAAAUGCUAUAAUUUCCAAAUUUAUAUGCGAAACAUUACCAAGCAAAAAAGGCAGCUGCUUUAAAGAACCACAACUCUACACCAUCAAGUUCUGUGCUUUUAAGGGCCAAAAAUGUAAAUAAUAAACUCAAAAACAAGGUAAAUGUACUCCAGAAAGAAAUUGCACAAGCGAAAAUACUUAUACAAAAGUAUAAAAAACGUGAAACUCGGAAGCCUCGUAAAUCGGAGAUAGAAAGUACUAUAAGUAAACAGCGCCCAUUGAAUAAUAUUUCCAUCAGAAAAACAGUUCGUACAUAUUUAGAAAAAGACGAAAACAGCGGACUCUGUCCUGGGAAGAAGGACACGAUAACAUACAAGAAAAACAAAAACGCUACUUGAACGAUUCCCUACAGAAUUUGCAUAGAAAAUUUAAUAAAAUAUACUCAAAAUUGCGCAUCGGUUACUCCACAUUUUGUCGAAUGAGACCAUUUUGGAUUUUGCAGCCUACAGCACGCCAAAGAGAUACUUGUUUAUGUGUUACCCACACUAACAUGAAUCUUUUGGUGCAUAAGCUAGGGAUCUUAGACAUUAUCAAAGAAAACACCCCAUCUCAAGUGGUCCAAAAAAUGUGCUGUUCAACUGCUAAUAUAUGCAAAAAUGAAAAAUACCUCGAACGCAAAUGCUUCAAGUGCAACAAAAAUACAGUGACCGUUCUGCACUACAAUAAAAAGGAGUUAAUGACAUACAUGAAAUGGGUUAACAAAUCGGUAUAGGUAGUGGUCAAUUGGAAAAUAAUGUUUUGUAAAAGAACAGUGAAAGAAAAGCAAACAGUAGAGAAACACCAAGCAGUUACAGAAUUGAUACAAUCUAUUCCGAGAUAUAUGUUGCACCUCAGGAAUAUAUCUCAUCAAUAUCGGUGUAUAAAUGCAGUGAAAAAGAAUCUGUCUGUUGAUGAAAUCUUGAUCCAUAUGGAUUUUUCUGAAAAUUACUGUUGUAAAUAUAACCUAAGACAUAUAUAACCUAUAAAAGUAAUUACACAAAUUUAUUACUUGUAAACCCUUUUUCCAACCUUUCUGAGAAUGACCCGUAAGCAUUGGUUAUUGAAAAGGAAAACAUAUAGUCAUGUUAAUUUAUUGAAUGAAUUAAAAUUUGAACAGGAAGAUUUUAAAAACUAUCUCCGAAUGGACGAGAAAUCAUACCUUAAAUUACUUGAAAUGGUUACUCCUAUUAUAAAAAAAGAAGACACAGUUAUGAGAAAUAGUAUUUCUGCGCACGAAAGAUUAUCAGUUACAUUGAGAUUUCUCGCAACUGGCGGAAGCUAUGAGGACCUUAAAUUUUCAGCAAUUAUUUCGCCUCAGGCGCUUGGAAAAAUUAUUCCUGAAACAUGUGAGGCCUUGUAUAAAGUUCUUAGAAGAGAUUAUUUGAAGUUUCCUACAUCUGAAGAAGAGUGGAAAGAAAUAGCAAAGAUGUAUGAAGAACGAUGGAACUUUCCUCAUUGUCUUGGUGCAAUAGAUGGAAAGCACAUAGCGAUUGUUCCACCGGCUAAUAGUGGAUCGUAUUUUUAUAAUUAUAAAGGGCAACAUAGUGUGGUUCUUAUGGCAAUUGUUAAUGCAAAAUAUCAAUUUGUGUACACAGACAUUGGCAUGAAUGGUAGAAUAUCCGACGUUCUACAAAACACUAAAUUUUUUGAAAAAUUAGAAAAUAGUGAUUUACAUAUUCCAAGCAGUGAAUUGUUAACAGGAAGUAACCGAAAUUUACCAUAUGUAUUUGUGGCAGAUGACGCGUUCCCAUUACGCCCCGAUAUGAUAAAACCGUUUCGGCAGGCAGAUUUAACAUCUCGAGAAAGAAAAAUCCUGAAUUACAGAUUAUCUCGCGCGAGGCGCACUGUUGAAAACGCUUUCGGAAUAAUGGCAUCACGAUUUCGGAUAUUUUAUACUCAUAUAAAUUUAGAACCCGAAAAUAUCGAUAAAGUAGUGAAAGCCUCUUGUGUAUUACAUAACUUUUUAAUUGAACACUCAAAAAAAGUCUUAUGCACCUCAAAAAUGUUUUUAUCGAGAAAACUCUGAAAACGGGACUAUAAUUUCUGAAGGAUACAAUGCACAAAAUAGUACCAUGGAAAACUUGGAAAGAAGAAACCCAGGAAAUACUUUGAACAACGCGAAGAUAGUCCGAAACAAUUUUAUGAAUUAUUUCAAUCAGGAGGGAAGGGUACCAUGGCAAAAUGAUCAUGUAAAUUAAAAAAUUAUGCUGAACAGGCGGAGUAGGUAGUUCUAAAUACAUAGUUAUUAGUGAUGUACCGGAUCGUUAAAAAUGUAUAUCCGCGGAUACGGAUCUUUAUUUUCGAUGAUACGGAUACCCGGAACAUCACUAAUAGUUAUAUUAUAAGCUUUGGUGAAAUUUAGAAUGACGGUAAAUACAAAAUAAUUGUGUUCUAUGUAUUCAACUUAA